UGGAGGCAAUGAGGAAGGUGGAAGGAAUAAAACGGAAACGACAGGCACAGUUCAUCUUCAACAGACUGAAGAAGGGCAAGCAUUUGGAAAAGGAGGAAGCCAUCAGCGAAGUGAAGAAGAACAUUCACCUCAUCAAAGCCCCACAUGCAGGCAAAGCCAAGGUUCUGGAGGAGAAGAUGGUGCAGAAGUUACAAGAAGAUGUGGAAAUGGGUGACGAUUAGCAAGUCCUUAUUGGGGCUCUGCUGAAAUGGAGACCUACAAACAACCCCUGGCUCUAUUCAUAACAUCCAUAGACUAUCCUUUACCAAAAUCUGGACAACAGUCUGGGAAGAAACAAGGAGACAUGGCACUGCAACCCAAUGCAGUUGCGGAGUGCUAACACAAUAUUAAACACUUUGAAAAUCAUUUCGGAGAGUGUUGUCAUAUGUUGGAUUUAAUAAAGUCUUGUGUCCUGACAUAU